AUGGGUCUGCAUCCAAUCUCCGACUCCGACGAACGGAAUCCCUUCGGCUCUCUCUCCGCCGACGAAUUCUACGCUAAACAUUCCGUUAGCCAUUCCUCCGCCUUCAUCACCAACCCUCGUGGCCUCAAACUCUUCACUCAAUGGUGGUCUCCACUCCCUCCCACCACUCCUAUCGGUAUCAUCGCCGUCGUUCAUGGCUUCACCGGCGAAUCCAGCUGGUUCCUCCAGCUCACAUCAAUCCUCUUUGCUAAAUCCGGUUUCAUUACCUGCGCAAUCGAUCACCAAGGCCAUGGAUUCUCCGAUGGUCUAAUCGCUCAUAUCCCUGACAUCAAUCCCGUCGUCGAUGACUGUAUCUCCUUCUUCGAUGAUUUCCGUAACCGUCAAUCUCCGCCGGAUCUGCCGUGUUUUCUCUACUCCGAGUCCUUAGGCGGCGCAAUCGCGCUUUACAUCUCGCUUCGUCAAAGAGGCGUUUGGGAUGGACUCAUCCUCAACGGUGCCAUGUGUGGAAUCAGCGAUAAAUUCAAACCGCCGUGGCCGUUAGAGCAUUUGCUGUUCGUAGUCGCGAAUCUUAUCCCGACCUGGCGAGUCAUCCCAACUCGUGGAUCUAUCCCUGAUGUUUCGUUUAAGGAGCCAUGGAAAAGGAAGCUUGCCAUGGCUAGCCCUAGGAGGACGGUGGCGAGACCACGCGCCGCCACUGCUUAUGAGCUGAUUCGUAUAUGCAAGGAGCUGCAGGAGAGGUUCGAGGAGGUGGAUGUUCCGUUUCUGAUCGUGCACGGUGGAGGUGACGUUGUUUGUGACGUUGCGUGUGUGGAGGAGCUGCAUCGGAGAGCAACAAGCGAGGAUAAGACGAUCAAGAUCUACCCUGAGUUGUGGCAUCAAAUGGUCGGCGAGUCCGAGGAGAAUGUGGAUCUGGUCUAUGGUGACAUUCUGAAAUGGGUUAAGAGCCGAGCUGAAACCGCCGCUGAGAGGAAACGGGAGGCACGCGCCGCUGUUGACGGCGGAGCUUAG